CUCAAGGUGUGCAUGUAUUCACACUAACCAUGCAUAUAUCCUCUUUUGUUAACUGUUUGUGUAUAUUUGUUGAUUAUCAUCCGCGCAAUAUUUGUUGGUUGGUACUGCAAUCGCCGCGCGGAUUGAGUGCGUGGGGAUGAAUGCUGAGAUAGAACCUCAUAUAUUAAAAAUGUUCGAAAUUAAGAAAAGAAUAGGGAAAGGAGCUUAUGGAAUAGUUUGGAAAGCAUUAAAUAAAAAAACUAAAGAAACUAUUGCAUUGAAAAAAAUUUUUGAUGCAUUUCGUAAUCAAACUGAUGCACAAAGAACAUUUAGAGAGAUUGCAUUCCUUCAAAAUUUUGGUAAUCAUCCAAAUAUUGUACGAUUGUAUAAUGUAAUACGUGCAAGUAGUGAUAAAGAUAUCUAUUUAGUAUUUGAAUACAUGGAAACAGAUUUACAUAAUGUAAUUAAAAAAGGCAAUAUAUUAAAUGAUAUACAUAAACAAUAUAUUAUGUAUCAAUUAUUGAAAGCAACAGCUUAUUUACAUUCAGGUGAAGUAAUACAUCGUGAUCAAAAGCCAUCAAAUGUUUUACUAAAUUCAUAUUGUUUAGUCAAAUUAUGUGAUUUUGGUUUAGCUCGAUCAUUAAAAGGUCGUAAUAAAUAUGAAAAUGUCAAUGGUAAACUGAAUUGUAAAACCUUAUUACCAGCAUUAACUGAAUAUGUAGCAACACGUUGGUAUCGUGCACCAGAAAUUUUAUUAGCAUGUCAUAAUUAUACAAAAGGUGUUGAUAUAUGGAGUUUAGGUUGUAUAUUAGGUGAAAUGUUAAUUGGUACACCAUUAUUUCCUGGUACAUCAACAUUAGAUCAAAUUGAACGUAUUAUGGGUGCAUUACCUAAACCUACUAUAGAAGAUAUGGCCAGUGUAAAAAGUCCAUAUAGUUCAUCAAUUUUACAAAAAGCACAUAUCAAAAAUCGUCGUUCAUUAGAUCAAUUAUUAAUGAAUGUUGAUAAGACAGCAACUGAUCUUAUGUAUAAAAUGUUACAUUUCAAUCCACAUAAACGUAUAACAGCAUUGGAAGCUUUAAAACAUCCAUACGUUCGUAGAUUUUACUCUCCAAAUGAAAUAAUGAUCAUGAAUCAUCAUGUAACUCCACCGUUAGAUGAUAAUGUUCAAUUAACUGUUUCUGAAUAUCGUGAUCGUUUAUAUCAAAUGAUCAGUUCUAAGAAAACGAAUACAACAACAACAAUCAUGAUUCAGAAUGGUAUCAACAAAACAGAUUCUACCGAAAGAAGAAAUAUAAUCACUGGGAUUCCUCAACCCAUUACUUGCUCAACAUAUUCACAUCAUAAAAAACAAUCUACUACGAAACAUAAUCCAUCUUCUAAUCAUCAAACAACAAUAAUUAAGGGACAAGAUCAUCAUCAUGAUCUUCAGCAUCAUCAUCAACAACACCAGGAGCAACAACAACAACAAUCGAAUGAGAAGAACACUCCUCAAAGUCAUUGCGACGACACCAACUCUAGUAAAAAGAAUCAUGUAGUAUGUGUACAAGUGAAUCUAUUGCAUCAAGGGACACAAAAUCACUCAAUCAAUCAUGAUAAAGUGGCAAUUUUAACACCAAAAUUACCAGCGAUGUCAUCAGCUAAUGACAUUAAUAAUAAUAAUAAUAGUACGAAUUGCAAUAUUACUGGGUUCAAUAAUAAUGCCAAUCAAUUACACAAUGGUCAUCAUAUUAACGAUAAUAUUAAUGAUUAUGAUUAUGAUGACAACGUGAAUGAUGAUGAUAAUUAUAAUGUACUUCAUCGAUCAGCAUCAUCAUCGCUGCCGUCGGCGAUACCAUCUUUGACAGGAGCAGCUGUAAUGGCAAAGGCUACAACAAUUCCAUUAAAACAGCAAUAUCAAACACGAUCAUUAUCUCAAAAUUCUAAAACUAAUUCAAACUUAUCAACUAUUCAUUAUAGUCCAGUGAUUCGUUCGAAUUCAGUAAAUAAAAUGGCAAUGAAUGAUUAUCAAACGUCUAAAAGAUAUUUAACAAUUACACCAUUAUAUUAUCCAAAUCAAUUUAUCUCCAAAUUAGACGUUGUUAAAUCAACUCCAACUACCAAUCAACAGUCAUACAGUAAUCUAAAUUAUACUACUACUACUACUACUAUUAAUACUACUAAUCGUAGUAAAAGUAGUAAUAGUCAAUCAAGAUUAUCUAAACAAUCGAAUAGAAAUUCCAAUAAAAAUUCCCGUAUUACAACAUCUAAUUAUUAUUAUUAUACACCUAAUGGAAUAGAUAAUUCUUCUUCUUCAUUAUUAUUAUUACCUAAUUAUGGGAAUUCAUAUGAAAAUAUUAUGGUUAAUUCACAAAAACCCAUUGAUUUGAAUUAUUCUCCCCAACAUGAUAAUCGUUGUAAAUCAUCUCAACCAGAGAAUUUAUUCUUGGAUCAUGAAUAUGAAUAUCUUCAAGGAAUAAAUAAUCCAUAUGAAGAAAAUGAUACAAAUGAUUCUAUUAAUAAUUCCAGUCAAUAUUUCUUGAAUAAUGAGAAGUACUGUUCAACACCAAAUAUACAAGAACAUUUAUUCAAUAAUAUGAAUAUACAUAAAACUAAUCUAUAUAAGAAUGAAAUUUUAAAAGUUUCUUCAUCUACUACUACUACUACUACUACUACUACUGAAUUGUCAUCAAAAAUUGUACAGUCAACUAAUAGUAAUAUAUCUAAUAAUAUUAAAGAAACAAUAAUUGAACCUAUUACUUAUAAAUCAAUCGAUCAAAUUACACGUAAUCACAGUUGUCACGGUAACAGAAAUAAUAAAGAAACCAUAUUGAGUGAUACAAAUUCAACCAAACAACUAACUAAUGAAAAAAAUUAUGAAACUUCUUUUGUCAAUCUACAACAAAAUAGAAGAAAUAAUAAUAAUCCCCAAUCGAAUUAUGAAUCUUUAUCAUUAAUCAAUAUUAAUCAAAAAUUAAAACUUAUUCAAGGUUCAACUGAUAUACAAAAUUCAAUGUUUCAAUCUAAAAUAUCUACCUCAUUAAAUAAUCUUAAAAUGAAAUAUCAUCAUAAUCAAUCACAAUCACAGCCACAGCAACAACUUCAGCAGCCGCAGCCACAGGAACGACAACCUCAGCAGCAGAAUGAUCGAAGACGUCAAUCAGAUCAUAAUGGAUCCAAGUAUAAUUGUAUGAAUCAGUUAAUGAAUCAAUCAAAUCAUAAUUCUAAUUAUCAAAAAACAAUAAAAGACAAAAAUGAUUUAGAUCCUCAUUUAUAUCAUAAAUCCAUUGAACCACCAUUAAGACAAUAUACUUUAUCUCAUUCUUCACCAUUGAUAAAUCAAGGCAGUUUAUCCAUAAAACGACAAUAUUCUGAAUUACUUUCAUUGAAUUCAUAUACUACUACUAAUACUACUAAUAAUACUACUAACAAUACAUCUCAUUUACCUUAUUAUAAUCAUGAUCAAUUCAAAUCCAAUGAAAAACCCUAUCAAAUGAAUACAGCAAUUAUUACUACUACUAAUACUACUAAUAAUAGUAAUAGUAAUAUAGUUCAUAUUGGUGAUCCAUCAAAUAACCUUUUACCUCAACAACAACAACAACAACAAUAUCCUAAUCGAUUGAUUUCCUUAAAUAUUAUUCCAAAUGAUCAAAAACAUCAUCAUCCAUCAUAUUUGUCAACAUUGAAUUCUAUAAAAAGUAGUACAAAUUUUAAAUGGAAUAAUAAAAAAAAUAAUCGAUAAUAUUUCCCAUUGGGUAAUGAUGUAUGGAUACAUUUCAUUAUUACGUAAUAGAAGAUUUGAUAAUAGAAACUAGAAUAUAAAGUCUUUUCAUAAUAUACUACUUGCUUACUUACUUACUCACCGACUCACUUACUCACUCACUUACUAACUAACUAACUAACUUACUUACUUACUCACUUACUCACUCACCUACUUACUUACUUACAUACUUACAUACAUACAUACAUACAUACUUACUUACUUACUUACUCACUUACUUACGUACUUAGGCCUGUCACCCCUCCUUCUCAAUGGAGCAUAGAGCCACCGACUAGUAUUCUUCACUUCAUUCUGUUCUGAAGCUUCCCUUCGAAUUCUAUUCCAUUUAUGUUCAUGUUUCUAUUUAUAUUUUAUAUAAAACUUAUUAAUUGUAUGUAUCUAUAUGAUAAUAUAAAAUUAUUAUACUACUGAAUAGAAAAGAUUCAAAUCUUCAAUAUGUAUUUAUCUUCAUUAUAUGUAUUCUUAGGUUGCUAUUCCUUCUUCUCCUUCUAUCAUUUGUACUUCUUUAGGAAUUCAUUGUACUAUGGUAACUUGAUAUGACUGUAUAUAUAAACAUAAACAUAUACGUAUACACACAUAUAUGUACCAAUUUGAACAUGGUAACUGAUUAGUUUAAAUAUUAAUAUAAAUAUACAUUUUGUAAUAUC